GAUUAAGAAAACAGAAAGAAGUUGCUUAAAAGAAGAUAAGAUAGUUAGAUAAAAGUUAAUUAUAAAUAAGAACUACAUUUUGAAAAUUGAAAAAAACUUAAUGAAGAAACGAAAAAUUUGAUAAAAAAAAAGAACGGGGGAAAAAUGAAAUGAAGAAUAUAUUGAAGGUCUGCAAAAUAAUGUGACAGUUAAAAUUGAAGAGCUCAAUUAAAUAAACUCUUUCAAGUUGGUUACCCUGCAUUGAGUAGCUGAAAACGUCCGGCGUCCGCUGCCUUGUGAAAAUCUUGUAUUUUCACACUUCUGUAUAAAAUUGAGUACCUACCAGUUUAUUUCUCAGACUCCAAUCAUGUAUUCUAUCUAAUUCUUGUUGUAAUAACUGUGUCUCGACAGUCAUUUAUGGCGCGAUAAAUUUUGACAUCAUCUGCAUAUUAUAUUAGACAGUUGCUAUUUUUUACACAAGAAGAAAUGUCAUUAAUUAAGAGUAGAAAUAGGAGCGGCCCCAAGCUGCUACUCUGAGGUACUCCUGAAUUACUAGAAAAUGUACCUGAUCUAAUGUUGAUAAAGAGUACAAAAAACAAUCGAUCAAGUAGUUUUCUGAAUGGAAAAAGGCUACCGAUUCAGACCUGAAUCCCAAGGCAAACAUUUUCUACUUUUGUGGACAAUAGUAGUGAUUCUACUGUGUGUGGGUUCAACGCUGAUGAUCUACAACAGUUGGAACCGAUUCAACACAAACCCGACCGUAAUUUCUAUCCAAAAGGACUACAGAACAUGGAAAACAGCUUUUCCAGCAGCAACCGUUUGUUUCGCCAAUAAACUAGAUGUGAAACUGGCCGAACGGUUGAUUAAAAAGAACUGGCCUGCAGCAACAGAAGAACAGCUGAGAUAUUCAAUGAGUUUCCUUUAUACGGUUGCCAAUGCUGAAUACAAGUCAUUUAACCAUUUUCUGCUAUUCAGAGACGAUAAAAGAUUGGAUAAACUGGAUCUUCUCAAAUUAGCUACGCAGGUUUCCAUCAAUAUGACCUAUGAUGCUAGAGUAUUUGACAUGAAAUUCAAAGAUUUGGGCUUUCUAAGAACCCUGACAGAAAUGGGAAUAUGUUAUACAUUUGGAGGUGUAUUAUCGCAGAGCUACACCCAGCAGACCACCAAUACACAAGCUGCUAACAAAAAUGUCAAACCUCCAUACUGCUCCUUUCAAAAUCCACUAUGCUAUGCUAGUAUUGAGGAUCUACCAGUGAAUUUGUCGUACUACAUCCACUCAGCCUACGAAAUGCCAGUAUCGGGGAGCACGGGCUACAAAGUGCAACACAACAUGGAACGCGAGACGACGUUCCGCUUUCUGGAGACGGUUGCCUCGAAAGCGCUGCGCCAUUUGUUACCCGAGCAGCGACGUUGCCGGUUCGUCGACGAGCCACUGGCCAAGUGGAGGGGAGUGCUGGGCCUGGCCCACUACAGUCACAACACAUGUAUCAUGGAGUGUCGGAGACGUGUCGCUUACGACUACUGUCAAUGUUCGCCACAUUUCUUGUUGAAGAAUGACCAAUACUACCAAGUGUGUGGUGUGGAAGGACUGGCUUGCCUGGCGAGAUACUUCAAAACCCUGAUGACCAUCAAGAGUCAAGGUCCGCCUUUCAACUGCGACUGUCUACCCAACUGUGAAGACGUCAAGUUUUUUCUCGACAAAAACACCAAAAGGGAAUGGACACAUCCGGUACCAGAUAACAUACGAUUUAGAUGGGCGAUUGAGAUCUACAGCAAGACUCGCCUUAAACGCGACAUCAUCUACGGGUUCGAAGACUUAUUAGUCUCAUGCGGAGGAACAGCUGCUUUUUUCCUUGGAUGCAGUCUCCUCACGUUCAUCGAAAUAUUCUAUUUUUUCGUAGCUCACUUGAUAAGCUAUAGCUGGAGUGAAAUCAACAAAAUCAAAAUAUUCAUUAGUCGACGUAUACGUUGGGAUGAUUGAGGAAAUUUAAAAAAAUAAUCCAAAAUUGAGAGAGAAGUAGUUGGGGUUCACUUGUUUUUUCCCUCCCUAUCAUUUUAAUCAUAAGUGCUUGUUUGAAUGGAUAUUGCUACAAUUUUUUUUCACACACUUUCGAUGUUAUCCUGUUAUAUCCUCAAAAAGUACGGAGGAAUGAGUCAAUUUCGUUAACAAACGAACUCGAUCUGCAUAAUAGUUCAAAGAAUAUGUUUUGAAAAUUUGAAUUUACAGUAUUUUAUUUACUGAAAUUUAUAACAAAAGCCAUUCUUCUGAAACGCUGAGCGUAUUUUUCAAAAUAAUUAAAGACUGCAACUCAAUUAAACGGUGAAUGGUGAUUGAAGAAGAACGACAAAAAAUAUUCAAAGAAUUACACAAUUUCAUUGACAACAAAUUAUAAACGAUAUUAGCAUUACAAAACAAUACAAACCUUGUGACAUUGAAGUUGGAGUAUUUAACGGUCAACAAGUAUUGAAAACUGUAAUUGGCGUCGCGGUUGGAUCACUGUGGGAAAGUUGUCUGUUAACUCAGAAAAGACAAUAACGAUGAUGCUCUUAGGCUUAUAUGGGCAAUGUCCUAUUAUCUCUUGUGUUAUAAAAGCAUUAUCCAGUCUUAUUAACUGCUGCCGAGAUGAAUGGAGUAGAUGCCACUAUUUUUGGAAAUCAGGCGAAAUAUAUUUUUAAUUGAACGUUUUAAAUCAUACAUCAGAAAUGAUAGAAUACCACAGAUUUAUACAAAUCACGUUCACACAUACCAAAUCUGUCAUACACGUAUCACAAGUAUCUUGAUACUGUACACUUUGAGUCCAUCUGUUAGGAUGUAAUUACAUCGUAAUUAAUGUAAUUAGAAAGUAAUUACAUGGCGAAUCCGCCCAUUUUGGGCGUUUGCGAGGGAUUAAUAUCGUCAUCCGCGGCUCCGCUCGAUUUUUUUAUGUAUUGCGAGUCGAUUAGGAUCUCUUCCUCCAUUUCUUGGAUUCGCCUGUCCAGAUCGGCACAGAUUGACAUCUGAAAAGAAGAGGAUGAAGAAUACAUUAGCAAGGAUAGACAAAUAAGGGUAACCGUCCUCUGGAAUCGUAUUCAACCGAUCGGACGAAUCUGCCGGCCGUUAAUUCGGCCGAAUAUGGUCGUCCAUUGGAACCGUUUACACCAGUCUAGUUGCCCAUUAUUGAAUUAACUACUAUCACAGCCACCAAAUUUUUUCAUGAAUAAUAUUAUAUUGAGAUUUUCAAAACUGAAUAAACAAAUAUCCACUA